UUCACGAGCCCUGCCAUGGAGGUCACCACGUUCAAUUCGAACUUCGGCGAAGCUGAGUUUCCCGUGUGGGAAAAGAUUGGGGCUGUUGUUAGACUUAGCUAUGGAAUAGGUAUAUAUGGAGCAAUGGCUGUAUUAGGAAGAUUUAUAUGUUCCGUGACGGGGAUUGAUAGCAUGGGAGGUUUCCAAGUGUCUUUAGAUGCAAUUGUACAAGGGCUUGGAUAUGCAGCUCCUCCAAUUAUGGCCCUUCUUUUCAUACUAGAUGAUGAAGUUGUGAAGGUAUCUCCUCAUGCUCGUGCUAUUCGAGAUGUAGAGGAUGAAGAGCUUCGAAGCUUCUUUUAUGGAAUGUCACCUUUGCAGUUUAUACUAAUUGUUGCUGCAAGCUCUGUGGGUGAGGAGCUUUUCUACAGGGCUGCUGUUCAGGGAUCAUUGGCCGAUAUAUUUCUAAGGGGCACAGAUCUGAUGACAGAUGCUCGAGGAGUGGCGUCUCUGACUGGAGUUCUGCCCCCAUUUGUCCCUUUUGCUCAGGCAUUUGCAGCGGUGAUUACGGCUGCGCUCACAGGUUCUCUGUACUAUGUGGCAGCUUCUCCAAAAGAUCCUGCUUAUGUAGUUGCACCAGUUUUACAAUCUCGCUCUGGUCGUGAAGACAUGAAAAAGCUUUUUGCAGCUUGGUAUCAGAGGAGACAAAUGAAGAAGAUUUACUCUCCCCUGCUUGAAGGACUUCUUGCCCUAUAUCUUGGUUUUGAGUGGAUCCAGACGAACAAUAUGCUUACGCCUAUGAUCACGCACGGCAUAUACUCUGCUGUGAUAUUGGGUCAUGGCCUUUGGAAGAUACACGAUCAUCGGAAAAGACUACGCCAGAGGAUCCAGCAGCUUAAAGUAGAAGGAAAGAAGUAGAAUAAGUUGUGGAGCUUUACUAGUCUGGGGAUAAAAUUUGUAAAUUACAGAGCAGAUUCUUUGCAGAUAUUCCCAAAUAAUGUAUACGUAUAUAAAGUCGAAAACGAAACUAUGUACAUAUUGAAUCCGUGCAAUUUUAGUUUCUUGAAGGCUAUGUUUCACUGUUGAA